CGAACAGCUGUCAUAGCAAAAGGUCCCCUGGUACAAUAAUGAAAUUGUUUCCUCCACCCCACACACACCACCCCCUCAGUGGAGCUGAUGUAAUUAGACUCACAACAGGUUGAAGGUAUCCGUCAGUGAGAAGGAGGCAGGAGCCCGCGAAGGGCCCACGGAGGGAAGGGUGCCGUCCGAGAGGCGACAGACUCACCAAACCGCGGCGGAGAAGAUGGAAAACAAGCAGUGCCAGGUAUUUCUUUUCCCAAAAGCAGCGGCCAGGUCGUUUGAAGAGGCAGCUGGGAUGGCGCGAGCUCCCCAAUUAGCCGUGGCGGUGCUGAACGCCGAGAGGGUGAAGGCUCUGGAGGCCUGGGUGGCAGCCACCCACACCAAACUGUCUCAGGUGAACGGCCAGAGGAAGUAUGGAGGACCGCCUGAGGGUUCUAUCUUCUCUCCGACUCAGUGUGGCACGGCCCCCCCCCCGGGAGCCCGCUGCGAGGUCUUCAUCAGCCAGAUCCCGCGGGACGCCUACGAGGACCUCCUCAUCCCCCUGUUCGGCUCGGUGGGGCCGCUGUGGGAGUUCCGGCUCAUGAUGAACUUCAGCGGGCAGAACCGGGGCUUCGCCUACGCCAAGUACGGCACGGCGGCCACGGCCACCGACGCCAUCCGCCAGCUGCACGGCUUCGUGCUGGAGCCGGGCUUCCGUCUCAACGUGCGGCGCAGCACGGAGAAGAGGCACCUCUGCAUCGGAGAGCUGCCCGUCUCCACCCGACGGGAGGCUCUGCUGCAGCAUGAGGAAAGAAUCCCUGAAUCAAACCGAGUUCACGUGGAGCUCCGUGCUGUCGGGGAUGUUCUUGAACCCUCUCGUAUCCUCCCGUCUGUGUGCCUGAGGUCUCGUGCUGCUUCCAUGUGCUUCCAGGUGCUGCGUGGGCUGGCGGACGGCGUGCAGAGCGUUUCCCUGACGGCUGGCCCGGGCAUCGAGGGCGUGUCCGCCGUAGUGGCCUUCUCGUCCCACCACGCUGCUUCCAUGGCCAAGAAGGUGCUGGUGGAAGGGUUCAAGAAGCAGUUUUCCCAGAGCGUGUCCAUUGAUUGGCACUCGGCAGAGAAGAUGAGUCCGGAGGAUUCUGUGUCGUCCCACAGGAGUCCCCGGUCCCUAGCCCGGCUCCCACGCCCGGCCCCUUCUCCAUCUGUUCCCCCCGGCUUCUGCAGAGCCGUGGGGGGGCCUGCCGCUCACAUGCCUCCUCCUGCCAGAGGCCCCCCCGCCCCCCCGGGGCGUUUGGUGGACGCCUCCCCGGUCGCGCUGCUGCAGAAAAUGUGCGCGGCGUCCGGCCUGGGCCCGCCGCUCUACCAGACGCGCUACAGCGGCACGGGGAGAGAUGGAUUCCUGCACUUCAGGUACGAGGUGCGCAUCCCCGGGGCCCCCGCCACAUUCACAGGGCUGCUCAUGAUCUUGCCGGGACCCACUGCCUCCGUCCUGCGGGAGGCAGAAAGGGCCGCGGCCCAAAGGGUUCUGCUGGAGCUGAACCACAAGCAGGUCGCCGCCUAACGGGCCCUCUGGCUCCGGCCCCGUCCGUCUGUUCGGUUCAUUUAGGGUUGCUUUGAUUUCUGCAUGUUUUUAUUAGUUGUAGGGGACUCGUGUGCUGUUUGCCCUUUUGGCUGUGUGUUUUCUGCAUGUUUUUUUACUGUGGUGUUCUGAGUUCCUCAUUUUAAUUAAAUGAGCUUUGAAAAGGUU